UUAUUUAGACUCUCAAUAAUCAGAAUUCCCAAAUUGAAGAAACCCUUUCUCUAUCCCCGCCACCGAUCCUCCACCGGCGCCGCCCACCAUUCUCAUUUCUUCUCCUCGGCUGUCGUCUGCUGAUCAGUAUCUCCACUGCUCGUCUCGCCGCGCUUCAGCUACAUUGCAGAUCAAUUUAGAGAGAAUUUGGGGAUCAAGAUGGAAUGCGUGGUGCAGGGAAUUAUAGAGACUAAGCAUGUUGAAGCCCUGGAAAUUCUUCUUCAAGGACUUUGUGGUGUUCACCGAGAGAGUUUAGAGGUUCAUGAAUUGUGCUUGAAAAGUGUGCCGAACCUAGGAUUGGUAUCAUCUGAAGUCCGACUUCUGUGUGACCUUGCGAAGCCUGAACCCACAUGGACUGUCCGACACAUUGGUGGUGCUAUGAGGGGUGCUGGUGCUGAGCAAAUUUCAGUGCUUGUAAGGACUAUGGCAGAAAGUAAAGUAAGCAAAAAUGCUCUCCGCUUAUUUUAUGCCCUUGGAUACAAAUUAGACCAUGAGCUGCUGAGAGUAGGAUUUUCCUUCCAAUUCCAAAGAGGUACUCAGAUAACAGUGGCAGUGUCCUGCGUAAAUAAGAUGCCGAAACUUCAUGCAACUGACGAUGCUGUGCCUGUUACACCUGGUAUCCAGCUGGUUGAAGUAACAGCCCCUGCAUCAUCAGAGAACUAUACUGAGGUUGUUGCGGCCGUAUCAUCUUUUUGUGAAUACCUAGCACCACUGCUCCAUCUAUCAAAACCUGGCGUAUCAACUGGAGUUGUUCCCACAGCUGCUGCAGCGGCUGCGUCUCUCAUGUCAGAUGGCGGAGGCACAACGCUGUAAUGGAGAUUAGGUACUUAAAAUUAUGAACUGCAAAUAUGUUUGAAAUCAUUUGUAAAUUGCAACCAUUCCAUGCUAAUUGUCAGAGUUGUCUUAGUUGAUCUAAUGUGUGUAGGGAAAUGGUUGAAUUCCCUUUUCUUUGCCCCUGUUGUUUAUUCAAGAAAUUAUACAUUUAUAGAGGCGCCCUAUCUAACA